UUUACAUAUUUAUUUCGGGUAUAGCGUUGCCGCGGUGCUUCUUAGGUAAACGUAUUUCUGAGGCGCUUGAGGCAUAGGAUUAGCCGCGGGGCAACUUGGGUAACGUAGUUCUUACGGUAGGCACCUGAAGAGAGAGAGAGAGAGAGAGAAAGAAAGAGAGAAAGAGAGAGAGAGAGCGCGUAUCGGUUUACACAUGCUGUACUGUAUUUACUUCGGGUCUAUUGCUGCCCGUUGUGCAUCUUGGGUAACGAAGCUCUGAGGCGCGGGAUUAGCCGCGGGGCCUCUUGGGUAACGUAGUUCUUAGUACCUGAAGGCCCUUGGGGGAGACGAGCUUGUGCACAGCAUGCUGACCCGAAAAUAAGAGUCAGCUGAGGGGAGACGUCCCGUGACUAAGGCGCGGCCCGUGCUUGCCAGAGGAAAACGCCGAGGGAGCCGCCGAGUGAAGUGGGUUUGCUCUCCACACACCCCCUCAUCGCUGCUGUGUGGAAAAUGGCGGCCGAGGGAGCGGUGUUGCCUCCGCCGCCCGCCAAGGAGGGAGAACCAGAGGCGCUCAAUAGCAUUGAAAUGGAAAGCCUCAGGGCACAUGUGGAAAUAUCUGAGGAAGAAGUAAAAGGCAAAAAGGAAGAAACAGAGCAAGCGUCUAUAAAAGACCCUAACAACAGUAACCUAUUGGAUGCAUCAUCUGACUCUCCAAGAGAGAAGCAUAUUUCAAUUCAAAGAACACUUGCCGAUUUAGAGAAACUGGCUGACCUGCAGGAAGGUUGUCUAAUCUCAGCUGCUACCCAGAAUGCAGAUCACUCUGUGGCAGGAGCUGGCAAGAAGUCCUGUCCACUGUGCCCUGAAGAGAAGUUCAAAGCUUGUUAUAGUCACAAGCUCCAUCGCCACCUACAGAAUCUCCACUGGAAAGUGUCUGUUGAAUUUGAAGGCUACAGAAUGUGCAUCUGUCACUUACCUUGCCGCCCCGUGAAACUAAAUGUUCCUGCAGACCAGAUAAAAAUGGAAGCCCAUUAUCACUGCAUUAUCUGUUCGGCAACUAUUACCCGAAGGACAGAUAUGAUAGGGCAUAUUAAACGUCAUGUGAAUAAAGGAGAAACUGAAUCAAGAUUUAUGCCAGCCCCUGCUCCCAAAUCUACAUAUAAAAUACUAAAAGAAGCCGAUACAGAUGUGCAAGUCCUUCCUAAUUAUUCCACACCACAGAAAACUGAUUCUUAUUUUAAUCCUAAAAUGAAACUUAACAGGCAACUCGUAGUCUGUGCUCUAGCUGUUCUAGCAGAGGAACGGAAACCUUUGGAAUGUCUGGAUGCAUUUGGAGCCACUGGUAUAAUGGGAUUACAGUGGGCAAAGCACCUUGGAAAUUCCGUGAAGGUCACAAUUAAUGACUACAAUGAAAAUUCUGUAAGAAUGAUACAGGAGAACUGUCACUUAAAUAAAAUGAAAGUGGUGAUGAACUUCAAAGAGGAGGAAGACUGUGAUGAAACAAUAGAAGAAGGGGAGGAAAACUUGCCUGCCAUUGAGGUGACAAAAAUGGAUGCCAAUGUCAUCAUGCACUUGAGAGCAUUUGAUUUUAUACAUCUGGACCCAUUUGGGUCAUCAGUGAACUAUCUAGAUGCAGCUUUCAGAAAUGUAAGAAACCUUGGAAUAGUGUCAGUGACAUCAACAGAUAUCAGUUCUCUCUAUUCAAAGGCACAGCAUGUGGCCCAGCGUCACUAUGGCUGCAACAUUGUCAGGACGGAGUAUUUCAAGGAACUGGCUGCUAGGAUGGUAGUUGCUGCUGUGGCAAGAGCUGCUGCUCGAUGCAACAAAGGCAUUGAAGUUUUGCUCGCUGUGGCUCUCGAACACUUUGUCCUAGUGGAGGUGAGAAUAUUGAGGGGGCCGUCUCCUGCAGAUGAUACUGUGAAGAAAAUCCGGUACCUGCUCCACUGUCAGUGGUGUGAGGAAAGGGUAUUCAAGAAAGAUGGCAACAUGAUAGAAGAGAACCCUUACCGGCAGCUCCCAUGUGACUGCCACAGCCGCAUGACUGGCAAGACAGCAGUGGAACUUGGUCCUUUGUGGUCAGGAUCCCUCUUCAACACUGGAUUUCUCAGAAGAAUGUUGUUUGAAGCAGUUCAGUAUGGUUUGGAAGACAUCCAGCCUCUUCUAAAAACACUAAUAUGUGAAGCAGAGUGCACAAUUCUCAAGCAGUUUUCAAUUCAUGGUCCUACCAGCCAGACCAAACAAGAAGAAUGUGGUGUGAUUAUUAAGACACCAGAUACCGCAGCAGAUUACUACGUUGUACAUGGAAAAAGAAAAAAUAAUGAAAACACCCAAAAUGGAACAAAGCGCCAGAAAUUAGAAAGCAGUGCUGAGCAUCCUGCCUUUUAUUACAAUAUUCACAGGCACAGCAUUAAAGGAAUGAACAUGCCAAAGUUAAAUAAGUUCUUGCAUUAUCUCUCUCAAGCUGGCUAUCGAGUAAGCCGGACUCACUUUGAUCCGAUGGGUGUUCGAACUAAUGCCCCCCUGGUGCAGUUGAAAUCUAUCCUUGUGAAGUACAGUACACCCACAUAUAUGGGAGGGCAAUCCGAGGGCUCUUUGCAGGCUUCUGACGAGUCUCAGGUAGGAGCUGAUGGUGACUUUGCUGAAGAAAGCACAUAAAGUAACCUCUGCAAAAAUGGUCCUAUUUGAAGAUUUGUGUUAUAAAUGAACCAACAGUCUCCUUAAGAUGUAGUAUUUUGUUUGUGACCCUUCAGCUUUUUUUUACCUGUUUCAGGACACUUUUAGAAGACUAUUGAAGAGCACCUGUGCUCAGAUUAAUAUCACAGUUCAGCUACAAACUGUUAUUUAUAUGUUCAUGCAUCCUUUAAGGUUAUUCUACAGUGACCACAAACUUCCCUCUUCUUUUAAUUCCUUCUUCAGAUCUAUAAUAUUUCCAAAGGGAGCUGGGAGCUGAGGGGGGCUGAGGGUGUGGGUGCAAGCAUUACCAGCACCUGUUAAUAAAGUGUUCUGCUGUUCAGCUGUGACUGAAAGCCCCUCAUUUGAUACGCCUUUGAGAAGCUUAAAGGUAACAAAGGAAAGGUAGCUGAACAAGCCAAGAUUGGCUAUAUUCCUAAAGAGGCAGAUAUUGAAUAUCCAACUCAAGCUAAUAACCAUACAAACCACAACAUCACAUCUAAACACUUUUCACUACCAAACUCCAACUUACUCGUCACAAGACCAUCCAUGUUAAAUUGUCAAUCUAUUUUAUAGUUCAUAUGAAUAACUCCCUUUAAAAGUAUAAUUGAGUAGGGUGACUGUGCCCCACUGCUCACUCCCUGCCAGAAUGGGAGGGGGGCAUAAAUUGGAGGUUGUUUUGCAGUAGCUUACCCCAUCUUCUCUGUGCAUCUGUGGCAACUCCUUUUUCCUCCUGCUAGGAAUCUCCGCUUUCCUCAUACUUGCCAUUCUAGUAUUGGGCCUCCACUUAAGACAUGCUGGAUUUUUAAAAACAUAAUUUAUCUCCAAACCCAUGAAUUAAGGGGGACAGCUCCACCCUGACAACUGGUGCUUCCCAUUCCUGACCAUUUUCUUCUUAACCCAUUUGCAGCACUCUCAUCUCUUCUUCCCACCCCACAAGUUUUCAUGUUGUGGGACUGUCACCAAGCGGCUGCUUCCUUUCUCACUCCCCACCCCAAGAAACCAGAGAUCUAGACAGUGAGCUUCUUUCUCCUUGCCUUUUGUCUCACAACACCAAAGCUCCCCACCCACUGGUGGUGGUGUACCAGCUCCAAGUAUUAGCUAUUGAUUUAUUGUCUUGCACACUCUUCUAAUAAUCUGUUGACCUUUUAGGUUUAUAAAAAGGGGUGCUGAAGAAGAGGAAGGAACAAAAAGUUUACUACAACUAAGACUAGCCAUUUUAGUAUAUAUAAACAACUAGUCAAAAACUAAAAUAUUUUAUAGUUACUAAGACUAGUUUUAGGCCAGCAACCUGAAAGCAACCUACCAGUAACACUUAAGGUACUGAAAUUAAACUACAAUUUAAAAAAAAGCUAUUCCUUCGACUUUCAAAUUUCCUCACUUUUGUAUAUUUACCAAGAAAAUCAAUAGAUUAUAUUUGUUUGCAAUUCCAAUUUUUAGAGAUUUUAUGCAUAUACAGUGGUACCUCGGUUUACGAACACAAUUGGUUCUGGAAGUCUGUUCAUAAACUGAAGCGUUCAUAAACUGAAGCGAACUUUCCCAUUGAAAGUAAUGGAAAGUGGAUUAAUCUGUUCCAGACGGUCCGCGGAGUACUUAAACUGAAGCGUUCAUAAACUGAAGUGAACUUUCCCAUUGAAAGUAAUGGAAAGUGGAUUAAUCCGUUCCAGACGGGUCCGCGGAGUACUCAACCUGAAGCGUACUUAACCCGAAGCAUGGGUGCAAUUCAUUCCGGAAGUCUGUUCAUAAACUGAAGCGAACUUUCCCAUUGAAAGUAAUGGAAAGUGAAUUAAUCCGUUCCAGAUGGGUCCGCGGUGUUCGUAAACCCAGGUGUUCGUAAACCGAGGUUCCACUGUAAAAGCAUUGUCUAUGACAUUAGGAAGUUUUAUACUGAAAAGUAUGUCAAGAUGUGACUGAUGUUGAUUUGUAUUUGAGGUUUGUACUAAUAAGGCAUAAUCUUGUUUUUUAAGUGUGAUGUAUAUAAUUUGUAUUAUGGUUUUAUUUAUAUGGUUCUUUCAGUAAGUACUCUUGACAUCACCAAAAUGUGUUGAACAUAUUUUAUAAAAAUCAUAUUUUCAGUACCAUUUUGAGGCUUUGCCUGUGUUUGGUACUGCCCCCCUUUUCUCUUUGUGUGUAAAUACUCAGAUCAGGAUUUCCUCUCCAUUUUUACAUUUAGUACUGCAGCACUUUUCAUGGACUGCUUCAUUUGGUUGUUUUUUAGUGUUCUAACUUUUCUUAUAUUAUACAAUGAUAUUACAAGAUUACCACCACAGGGCACAGCUAUACAUUUACUGAGGUUACUGAUUUUAGUAAAGUGUCAUUCCAGAAAGUCCAAGACUGGGUAAAUUAUGACUAAUUCUAAUUGAGGGUGCAUGCUAAUAUAGCAGCAGACUACAGUGGUACCUCAGAAGUCAGACGGAAUCUGUUCCGGAAGUCUGUUUGACUUCCAAAACAUUCAGAAACCAAUGCAUGGCUUGGCUGCAGGAAGCUCAUGCAGCCAAUUAGAAGCGGUGUCUGACGUUAGGGUUCCAAAUAACAUUCGCAAACUGGAACACUCACUUCCAAAUUUGUGGCAUUCGGGAGCCAAAACGUUCGACUUGCAAGGCAUUUGUGAACCAAGGUACAACUGUACUUGCAAAUACCCUGUUUCUCAUAUUUUAAGACAUACCCAUAAAAUAAGCCAUAGCAGGAUUUUUAAGCAUUCAAGGCAUAUAAGGCAUACCCCGAAAAUAAGACAUAGUGAUAGGCGCAGCAGCAAUGCCGGCCGCAGGAGGAGGAGGAAAAAAUAAAUAUAAGACGUGUCUUAUGAGAAACACGGUACACCAAUAUAAGCAGAUGUUAAUGUGCAAUUAUUCAUGGCUUCCCUUUUUGAAGAGGUACCCAUUUUGUGUUUUUGAAAGUAGAUUUUAUUUUAAAGAGACAACCAUCUCUUCCUUAUAUGAAAUGGCAGAGGACCCUUGCAUGUACUUGUGUGUCCAUCCCUACAGGCAACUGCUCCAGAAUGGAGUCACACUGGUAGUAGAAUUGGAAUAAAAACAAGUUCUCUGACCCUCUCCUAAAGGCACACACAAGAGCAGCAGCUCUAAACACUCUUCUUCUUAAAUUACAUUAACACUGGAAUGAUGGGAUUAUAAAAGGGUGCAGACAGCCUCACAAAUCUAAGGGGUCAGUUCUUGGCUGGCCAGGGAGUAGAUACCACCUACUCUACAUCUUAUUCCUCUUUACAAUUUCUCCCACCUCCCUUGAGGUGUUCAGGGUGUGUGUGUGUGCCUUGAAGUCCGAGAAUCACAGCCAUUCCAAAGGCUCUGCUUGUGAAAGAGUGGCAGUAGCAGACAUGAAGAUGCAACAUGUUCUGAUAUGUGUAAUUUAGUCACAGUACUAAAGUCACAGAGCAAUGGUUUGAUCAAAACAGCUACUUUAUGUAUUAAAGUAAAUAUAAAUACUUAGUGAAUUCACUGUAACAUGGAAGUAAAAAUUCACAUUCUCCCACACUAAGCUGGGACCACCACACAUCCCCUAGGUAGAUAAGCUUUCAGAAUUUUACAGACAUUUCAUCUGCUUACAGGGCUAAACAUUAUCUUGGGUAAAUCACAAUGCAAAUUUGUUUCUCUGCAGGUAUUUGCCCAUACAAAAGCAUUUUUUUCACAUAAAAACAAACCUGAUUAUAUUUAGUGGACAUGCACUAGAAAUCUAUAUAAAUUGUACAUUACACCAAAUAUACUGAACAAAACCAAAACAGGCAUGGUACAACUUCCCUUCCCACCCCGACUUCUAGUACUGUAAUUGUAAAUUUCAUGGCACAUACUGCUAGCAUAAUUUUGGAAUGUCUGAUAUUGAAGAGAUAUUCAUAAUGGGAGCAUUUUACGACAGUGCUAAAAGAAAGUUAAGAGCAGAAAGCCAUGUUUCCUCUGAAGGUCUUCCUAAAAGGCCAGGAUAUUAAGGGAAAGCAAGACACUUGAGUGCGCAAUUUUGAAGCUCAACCCUAAUUAGGAACAUUCCCUUUCCCAAUACAAAAGGCAGAUAUCUAUAUACUGCAGUGGGAAUGAAAGGAUUACAGUGGAAUAAAGUGAUCUUCGUCCUUAUAGAAUGGUGGCACUCUUCACUACAGUGUUAUGUACCAUCUCCCUUGCAAACGCUGCGUGUUAUGAGCUCCGCUAACCCGGACGUAGAUGCUCCCGGUUGCUACUUUUGCCCCAGAAUGCGAGCGCAAGUCGCACGGCAGCAGCACGGCAGGCACCAUUAGCGAAAGCGUGCCUCAUGUUACGAGCGGUUUCGGGUUGAGAACAGACCUCCAGAACGAAUUUAAUUCGUAACCGGAGGUACCACUGUAUAUUAUAAUUAUGCUCAAAAUGAUACACUACUGAUGCCCACAGCAACCAACAACUGAAAGCAUGCCCAUGUGAAAUUAAAAAAUGCAAAUACAUUUUAUUUAUUAAGACUCUAAGUGCCAAGUGUUGUUAAUAUGGCUAAUAAAUAUUUUUGAAGAAAACUCUCUCAUUGCUCUGCAAAAGAUAUGGUGCCAGCACUUUCUGUGCCUUUUACUUCAAAACACUGAAGAUUCCACAUCAAUAAUCCCACAAAUUUAUAAGAUGUGCAGGUAUAGAGGGAUGUUUGCCUUACUUUAGUUACUGUACUUUAUAUUGAAACCACCUGAGGGGUUAUUAGUUCUAAAAUGUAUCAGUAUUCAUGGUUUCCCCCUUAACGGGCCAAUGCAUAUAUUAUAACACUAGCUCCACACAGCACAGUGGAAUUGUGAGCCAGCCUCAGAAACAUACAUUCCCUCCUUGCAGUCCCUCCCCUCUCACUCCUGAACUGUUAAUCAGUACAUUAACACAAAAAUUAACCUGUGCUAAAGUUAACUAUGGUUCUCUUAAUGCAAAGUGUGUUUCAGGUUCUUAGCCAAGAGAACCCUGGCUACUCUAUAACUUGAGAAAGAGGAAUUGCACUAGGGCUGGUGGGAAAGUACCCAUUCUCUGGGUUGCUGCCUGUGUGGGAACAGCUGGUGUUACAAGUAGCUAUUUUAAAUUUAACAAAUGGAAGAACUCGUUACACGAACAAUGUGUAAGAGUUUGCUUACUGCCAUGAAUAUCCCUUCUGGCCCCCAGCAUCAGCAGUUCCUUUAGCAUCACAGGUAGCCAGUUUAUCAGCAAGCCUACUCUGGCCAUAUGUGCUUUAACA